UUUGUUACCGUUGGCUAGUUGGUUGCAUUGUGCACCCAUUAACGAUAGACAUGUAUGGAUAUGGAUUGAUCUGUUGUAUUCGCAUGUAACGCACUUCACUUGUAUCUUGAUCCAUAGACGCGACGCUACGUGUCGUAGUGACAAUAAUAAUUCAGUAUUUCAACUCUAUUCCAACAGACAAACGAAUUGUCUCCAUUUUGUGCUAAGAACACUGUCUAUUUUUCUAAAUGGCGUCCAAAAACAAAGGCACCAACGAUGUGAAAGGAUGGUAUCACAAAACGUGCACUGCACCGGGUCGGCUGGAUGGCAAAUUGGCCGUGGUCACCGGAGCCAGUACGGGAAUCGGAGAAGUGACAGCCUCCGAGAUGGCACGACGGGGUUGCAAGGUGAUUAUGGCGUGUCGUGACCUGAAGCGGGCGCAAGCCGCGGUUGAUCGGAUCUUGGAUAAAUAUGGGCCAUCUAAACCAGAUAGUGUCAAGCUGGAUGUUGCGGAUUCCUCAGUUAUUCAAUACCUGUCAGUGGUGCAACCAGACCAGCUAGUAUUGGAAACGCUGGAUUUGGCCUCGCUUCAGUCGGUCCGUGAGUUCGCCAGUCGAAUAUCAUCGAAGUACGAUAAAUUGGACUAUUUGAUCAACAAUGCCGGGAUCAUUCAAUCUAAACUCAAGAAAUCGGUUGAUGGAUUCGAGUUGACCCUGGCAACAAAUCAUCUUGGUCCAUUCUUGCUUACCGAGCUACUGACUCCGAUGUUGAAACGCGCGGCCCCAUCAAGAAUUAUCAACGUGUCUUCUUUGGGGCACUACAGAGCUAAAGUUUGGAAGCCCAACUUUUUUCUCCCAGAAGAAGAAUUCUCUGAUGAGGCAGCUUACACUUGGUCAAAGCUUGCCAACGUGAUGCAUGCGAAGGAACUGAGUCGUCGGCUUGUAGGCACUGGAGUGACUGCGGUUAGCCUCCAUCCGGGAUUCGUGAAAACAGAGCUGGGAAGAGACUGGACGGGCUUUACUUCGGUACUUUACCUAAAGUUUGGACGCCCAUUGCAAAUCACCCCAUGGCAAGGGACGCAGACGACGUUGUAUACUGUGUUAGCCAAAUCGUUGGAGCCGGGCGCUUAUUAUUCCAAUUGCGCAUUGAAGGAGCCGUCAGCAGCAGCACUCAACGAAGAAGACUGUAAAUGGCUGUGGACGAAAUCGUGCGAACUGGUCGGCAUUUCGAGCGCAUGAGCAGGAGUAUUCUAGUGCUUGACAGGACUGCGUAAACGUCUGGAAACAAUCCUGCUACUCUUUCAUGUCGUAAAUUGUGAUAGUAGAAUACCCCUAGUAUCGCUUAUCUCAACGUCGAACACUUUCUUUUCUAUCCAAAGGGUUGUUUUGCUUUAAUUUGCAGACACAUGAAAGGAUCUUAUGUUGCA